UGUCACAUCGGCAAGUAUAACGUGUAUUUACUUGUUGUUAAGUACAAUGAAAAUGCAAAUCUGAAAAAGCCUUUAAAAGAUGUUAGAAUGAUACAAGUACCGUAUAUGAAGGAUGAAGAGUAUUCGAAAGUAUUUGACGUAAAUAAAUCUGAACCUAAUUGGAAUGUUAAAGAUAAUGCAAAGGAUUAUCAACCCCUGAAAGCUUUAGGAUUUUAUAUGUAUGCCGCAUAUAAAGGUUAG